AGGCCGAGCGUUCCAUAAGAAAAAAGCGAGGGGACAGAGGGGCGGGGGAGCGCAGAUGCGGCUGCGAGCGCCGGCGGCCGGUGUCGCGCGGCAGGCUUCACGAUUGUACCACACCAUGCAAGUGGCUGAGGAUGCCUGCACCAAUUUUGAGGAUGAGCUGCUCUUCUGUGAAGACUGCCGCCUUUACUUCCGGGACUCCUGCCCGCAGCACGGACCCCCUACCUUUGUGGCUGACAGACCCGUUCCAGAAAGAGCUCAGUCACGGGCCCUGCUCUCCUUGCCGGAGGGACUUCUAGUCAAGGAGCGUUCCCAGGGGGGCCUCGGAGUCUGGAGCGCCCUCCCAGCCCUGCCUCGUGGCUGCAUCUUUGGCCCCUACGAAGGGGAAGUGGUACGGGAACAUGGCGACUGCACCCGGUAUUCCUGGGCGGUGCAGGACAACAGCUCCUACUUCUUUGUCGACGCGUCGGAUGAUUCUAGAUCCAACUGGAUGAGAUAUGUGGCGUGCGCCUCCACCGAGGAGGAGCAGAACCUGACUGUUUUCCAGUACCGGGGCUAUAUCUACUACCGGGUCUGCCAGACCAUACCUGCCGACACAGAGCUGCUGGUGUGGAUAGGGGAGGAGUAUGCACGCACGCUGGGAUUACGCUUAGGCGAGCAUUUUAAGUACGAAUUUGGCGAGAAGGAGCUGCUGAUGAAACUCUUCCAGGAGCUGCACCUCAAGACCCCGCCGCCGCCUCCCGCUCCCCACGCCCCUUCUUCCCGCACCCAGUACCUGUGUGGAGACGCCGCCGCCUCUCCCCUGCUGCCCCUCCACAAGCCAGGCCUCCCCCCGGGAGGGAGCCCUUUCCCGCUGCUGGAAGGGACGCAGAACCUGGUGGGGCUGGGGAGGGCGCAGAGCCGCUACUGGACUUUCUUUGGGUUCCAGGGGGACGCCUACGGCCGCAUCCUGGACAAGAGCAAAAUCAUCUGCAAGCUGUGCGGAGUCCGCCUCAGCUACAGUGGCAACACCACCAACCUACGCCAGCACCUCAUCUACAAGCACCGCUGCGAGUACAACCAGCUGGUUGGGACCCAGGCGGCCGCUCUGGACAAAGGGGUCCUGGGGACGGCGAGCGAGUUCGGAGCCCCCCGGCCUCCCGCCCCCGGCAGGACCACGCGGGCGGUGGCCGACUUCAUCGUGCUUGACCUGAUGCCCGUGGAGGUGGUGGAAGGAGAAGGGUUUGGGCAGAUGUUGGGGGUCCUGGACCCCAACUACAAGCCCCCAGAUGCUGCCUCCCUGGCCCACACGGUGCUGAGGGACAUGCACACCCACAUGAAGGGGAAAAUCUGGGAGCUGGUGCGGACCCUGCCCCAGUGCUCGCUCAGCUUGGACAUCUGGCGCCACAGCAACACCCUCACCUACCUCACUCUCACCGUGCACUACGUGGACGACUGCUUCGAAGCCCGGGCGAGGGUGCUCUCGAGCCGCCCCAUCCCAGAAGAGCCCAGUGCCGACGGCCUGGCGGAGGCCCUCAGCGAGGCGGCCAAGGAGUGGGGGGUCCGUGAGAGCACCUCAUACACCGUCGGAGGCCUUGGGCUCACUACCCAGCAGGCUGCGGCGGCGCUCGGUUGGACCGCCCUGCCUUGCAUCGGGCAGGCCUUGCGAGCCGCCAUGGAGGCUGUGCUGAGCCAGCCGGCAGCGCAGGGUGCCUUUGAGCGGCUGCGGCGCCUGGCAUCCUGGGCGCUGGCCGGGGCCGGCCGCAGCGAGAAACUGUGGGCCCAGGAGCCCCUCCUGCAAGCGCACCUCGGCCGCUUCCUGCGGGACGGGGGCAAGUGGCACAGCGCCUAUGCCGUCCUGCAAGGCCUGCUGGAGCACAGCGACCCUCUGGCGGGGCUCGGCCCCGACGGGGAGGCGACGCUGCGCCCCCAGGACUGGGCUGCCCUUCGGGACGCGGCCAAGGUCCUCAAGCCCAUGGCCAUUGCUACCUCGACAUUCACCAAAGACCCCUUUUCCAGCCUGUCCCUUGUCAAGCCUGUGCUCACCAGCCUUCUCUAUAAACACCUGGUGGGCAGCGAGUGGGACUCCGCCUUGGCGCUGGAAGCCAAGGCCGCGGCCCAGAAGGAACUGAACCAGCACUUCUCCAGCCCAGAUGUCAACCAGGCCCUCAACCUGGCCUGCGCCCUGGACCCGCGCUUCCGCGGCCUUGACUUCCUGAGCCACUCGGACCGCGUGGAAACCCUCCACUUGCUCAAGGCGGAAGCGUCGCGGCUGGCGGAGUCACCGGCAGCGCAGGCCUCCGGCCCGCAGGGCAUGGCCUUGCCCCCAUCGCCGCCAGCCAAGGUGCCAAAGCAAGACGCAGGCAUCGAGUUCCUGCUGGGGGACCUGUGCAGCAUGCGCGCCGCCUCGGGCGCCAGCUCGGCACAUCAGCAGGUGGAGCAGGAGGCCAGCAGCUUCCAGUCCAGCAAGGCCUCUGCCCUCGGCCAGGACCCUCUGCAGUGGUGGAAGACGCACCACACGCAGUACCCGCUGCUGGCCCGGGCGGCCCGCAAGCUGCUUGGCGUGCCUGCCACCUCGGUGCCCGCAGGCUGGCUGUUCAGCAGCGCCGGCGACGCCAUGCACACCAAGCGGCAGGCCCUGACGCCAGAGCACGUCGAUAUGCUGGUGUUCCUCCAUGGCAACCGAGCCAUGCUCUAUUAGGACACGGGGAAAGGGAGUGGGUGGCUUGGGUGGGCAGGGCACCCUUCUUUGCCUGCCCCCCCCCAAUGGCACGAGGGUGGCAAAAAUGCUUCCGGAGAACCCUCUUCCCUUCCUUCCUUCUUUCCUCCCUUCUGUCUUUCCCUGUGGGCCAGGCUUAAUGCUCUGUGUGGUUUUGAAACAGAAGAGGGUGAAGAGGAGCAGAACAAACCAUUUGGGCGCUUUUUUGGAGAGGGGUGGUGGUGCCUGCCCAUCAGCCAGAAACAGCCUGGAGCGAAAAGAUAAUAGAUAUGGCCAUAGUAGUCAUUUUGGAGAACAGGAACGGUCCAUUUUAAGGUUGGAGGGGGGAGAGGAGGCUGAGGACAGAAGUGGUCCAUCAAAGGGGUGGGAGGCCUGAUGUGAAGGAAUAUUCCACGUGCCACAAGGGAAAAGGGGUGUGUGAACAUGAGGGAGGAGGUGCGUAUGGCUUGCACAGCGCUUCUCUCGCAUUGCAGCCCCAUUUUUCUCUCCUGCCUGGUAGAAGAUGCGCAGCAGCAAAGGACAGGGAUGUUCCAUGAAAGGAAAGGAGAGGGAGCAUCUGAGGACAGGAAUGGCCCACAAAGAAAGUUGGGGGGGGAGAGUAGAGGUGGGGCUGGAAUAUUCCAUGCGUGUAGGGGGGGGAGGUGGAGCUCUGAUUGAGGGUGGGCAGGAUUUGGGGGAGUUGGAUUUGGCAGGGACUCCGAUAGAGGAAACCACAGGAAUUGAAAAGCAGGGGGAAUGCAGAAGGAGCUCACAUAGGAAGGUGGAGGAAGUGGGACAAAAUAGCAGAGUGGAAUAUUCCAAGUGGGCUGGAUUGUAAUUAGCCAUAUAUUGCAAGGGGGGUGGGGUGGAGGAUUGCAAUUGGGGGAGGGGAAAGAGGCAGUUUUUCCACAGUAGGUAUUGUGGAUUUCCAAUUCCCUCCCCUUAAAAAAAAAAUUAUAUAUAGAAUAUUUAUGUAUAUUGGUGUCCAGGUGUCCUUUGAGCUUAAAGGCAGGGGAUGUUGAUGGUUUAAUAUCCCAAGCAGCAGUUUGAGGAGGGAUCUAAUCAGAAAACAAACUCAUCUGCCUCCUUUCAUUUCCUUUUUCUAGGAUAUUGGGCAGGGUGGGGGCAUGGGGAAAAUUGUGUCUGGGAAAUCCCUUCAGGCCCCGAGCUAUCUCCCUUUGCCCCUGAAAUCAUGUGAUUGCCUUCUUUUCUCCUCUAUGGCGUGGGGUGGGGGUCCCAGGCACAGAUUAGAAAGACUCAAAAACAGAGUAAAGAAAAAAGAGGGUGUUUAGAGGACACUGGCCCUCCCCUCUUUGGGAUCAGAGAUGCCCCCCCCUCUGGUCUACCACCCACCCUUCUGGGGCAAGCAGUCAGUUAGCAUAAUAAACCAAAGAAAGUAUUAUCCCAUUCCUUUCUACUCUUCCCUGCCCCCCCCCAAGUUCGUUACAUACACCCCUAGUACGGUUUGCAUGUGGCUGAAACGUGUCUCUCCAGAACAUGGAGGAACAAAGCUGAAAACAUGAAUGCAUGUAUUUUCUCUUUCCUGCCCCCUCCCCUUAAUGUCACCCCCACAUUUGGGGGGGGGUGGAGGCAGCUUCGAGGAACAACGCUUGGGUUUCAUUUUUUUAACCCCCCCCCCCCCGCUCCCCGUUCAGUAUUGGAACAUGUUUUCUUUUGUGUGUGUUUUUCAAAAAUUGAAAUGGGUGCUUCAACAAGAAAAUAAAAGUAUGCUUUAUUUUAAAA